CGACUUCUCCAGUGUCUAUGAGUGCAGACUCUCUCGCCAAGGUCAAGGCUGAUGAAACUCGACGGCGCAAGAUUUAUUUCCAGUCAAUGAUUGGGCCUCUCGUUGUCUUCACCAUUGUGGCGGUACUAGCUCUAAAGCCCACUCCUAUCGACUGGUUCUAUUGGCACCCUUUUCUCAUGCUCGUCGGUACGGUACCGAUUGCCACCUCAGCAGUGCUCAUCAAGAAAAUUGGGGGUUACUAUAAUACGAAAACCCAUGGUUUUCUGCUUUUCCUGACUCUGACGUUCGUAGUUGGUGGUCUCUAUGUCAUCUAUACGAACAAGGAGAUGCAUCAGAAGAAUCAUCUUGUGUCUUGGCACUCCUGGAUAGGCGUCACGGCUGCAGGACUGCUCAUUGGUGAGGCAUGUGGCGGAUUCCUAGCUCUUGAUCCAGACUGUAAGAUCAGGACGUCCCCGUCUGUGGAGGCUUACAUCCGCAUCAUCCAUAGGUACUGUGGCAAAAUCACACUAAUCCUGGCCUAUAUUGCCUGCGUCACAGGAUGGUACAAAAUGAGUCAUAGGAUGGUCGAAGGAUCUGCCUUUGGCCUCAAUGCCAUCCACGUGACGGCCUUGUUCACUCUACCUCUGUCGGUGUUUGCUUACAUUGCUUUCAUAAAGAAGUAUUGAAUUACACUGCAUAGUGCUCGUCAGUUUUU